CGCCUGGAGCCGGGUCACGGCGCGGCCGCCGGAGGGGAGGGGGCGGCGGUGCCCGCCGGGGGUUUCUCACCUUGCCGCUGCGGCCGGGCACAGACGCGCGGCGGAGAGUUGAGCGUGGAGGAAGUUUGGGGGAGUAACUCGGCGGCUCCGACUGCUGUUUCGGGAGGGAUUUUUAUGUGUUCUUUUUUAUUUUAUUUCAUUUUCUUGCCCGGCUCACAACUCCCUCAGCCGCUCGGGCAGCCCGCACGAGCAGCGCACGCAGUGCGGGCGGCAGGCAGAGCCGGGGAGGGCAGCAGCUCGGCGGGCAGAGCCGCGUUUCUUCGCAGAGCCGCGGUCCCGUGCACAGCGGAUCCCAAUGCAACUGCUCAUCCUCCUCCUCCUCUACGCCGUCGUCUGCGCGAACUUUUGCAGCCGUCAGGGCACCACCGCCCCUGCCCAAAGCGGAUCUAUCAGAGCCCUGCGCUCCUCCAACGUCAGGCGGGAUGAGAGCAAUCACCUCACAGACUUGUACCGAAAAGAAGAGACCAUCAGUGUGGCAGGGAAUGGCUGCAUCCACAGUCCUCGCUUCCCGAGCAGUUACCCCAGGAACCUCCUGCUGACGUGGCGGCUUCACUCCCCGGAGAGCACCAGGAUCCAGCUGGCUUUUGAUCAUCAGUUUGGACUGGAGGAGCCCGAAAAUGAGAUCUGCAGGUAUGACUUUGUGGAAGUGGAAGAUUUAUCAGAGACCAGCACAGUUAUACGAGGACGGUGGUGUGGGCACAAGGAAGUACCUCCAAGAAUAACAUCAAGAACAAAUCAGAUAAAGAUAACCUUCAAAUCCGAUGACUAUUUUGUGGCUAAACCAGGAUUCAAGAUUUGUUACUCCCUUGUGGAUGAUUUCCAGCAUGCAGCCUCAGAAACCAACUGGGAAUCAGUCACAAGCUCUGUCUCAGGGGUCUCCUAUCCCUCUCCAUCAGUGACCGACCCUACGCUCACAGCAGAGGCCUUGGAUCAGACUAUUGCUGCAUUUGACACUGUGGAAGAUCUGCUUAAACACUUCAAUCCAGACUCCUGGAAAGAAGAUCUCGAAAAUUUGUACACAGAAAGUGGCCACCAUUAUCGAGGCAGGAGCUACCAUGAUAGGAAGUCCAAAGUUGACCUGGACAGGUUGAAUGACGAUGUGAAGCGCUACAGUUGCACUCCGAGAAACUACUCUGUCAAUUUAAGGGAAGAACUGAAGCUGACAAAUGCCGUGUUCUUCCCUCGCUGCCUCCUUGUCCAGCGCUGUGGAGGAAAUUGUGGCUGUGGGACUUCAAACUGGAAAUCCUGCACAUGUGUGUCCGGGAAAACAGUGAAAAAAUAUCAUGAGGUGCUGAAAUUUGUCCCUGAGGCUGAGCAUCCCCGAAAGAAAGGCAAAGCAAGAAAGAACAUGGCUUUAGUAGAUAUACAGUUGGAUCAUCACGAUCGUUGUGAUUGUAUCUGCAGUUCAAGACCACCCCGAUAAAAAAUAAAAAAAAGAAAGAAAGAAAGAAAAACGUAAUUGCAGCUUACCAGACAUUUACUUUUAAGCAGGAUUGCUCUGAGGACCUUUAGUCACUAAUCAUUUGAACUUUGCUACUAGCCUGCCUUUGCAAUUAGAAGAACUGAUUGCUGUGUUUCAGCAUAGCUGGGCUGAUUAGUGCCAUGGCAGCUAAAGAAGCAUAUCAUACAUUUAUAUAUCAGCAUCCAGGAAUUAUGGUCACUAUAGCUAGAGUCUGAGGGUUGAGAUUUUCAAAGGUCACUUACAGUUUUUACGUGCACAAGGCCCACAGAAGUUGUGUAAGCUGGCAGUGAAAGAGCAUUUGUUGUGUUUCUGCAAAUGUCUCACCAUUUCCUAUGCUCAAAUUCUCCUGCCAUUUCUACCUGUUGAACUCUCCUGUCAGUAGAAUUUUGUGGGUAUAAAUGAAAGAAGAAUUUGAGCCCAUGCAAUUGUAAAUUGGUUAAUCCAGCUCUGAAAAUGAACUUGCCAGCAUCCCCUCUCAGAAGAGUGCUGUGCAAUGAGAAAAAUCCUUUAUUACAUGAAAUAAAACACCAGGAGAGUCAAAUCUCACUAUCUGUCCUCAAGCAGAUCUUGUGCCAAAAUUAGUAAAUGCUUUGCAUAAGCUGGGACACUGGUGGUGGUAGGGGGUACAGGGGCACCUUUGCCACAGUGACUCUACAGGAACCAUCGUCCAUAUCCUUCUCCAGGCGUGGUGAGAUGUGGCCCUCCAGGUCCCCUGUGGGCUGGGGCUGCUUCUGAUCUCUGUCCAGUCCCCUCCUUGCCAUAGCUGGAGAAGUGCCAUGUCUCCCUAAGCAGGCAAUGAAGAUAGGGCACUUGUUUGUUGAAAAUAUUGAUUUGUGUUGUAGUUGUGUUACUGGGAAACUAAACUGUGCUUGAGAUUUAAUUAUCGUUACUUGGUUUGGGGUUCAUUUGUUUGUUUGUUUUAAAUAUGGAUUAUUAUAACUUUGUCAUAUAUCCAUUAAUCUUAGUUAUCUGAGGCUUGUUGUUUCACUUCAGCUAUUGUGUAUUGCCAUGGUUAAACUGUUAACAGUGAAUUUCUUUUAGAUUGCAUUUUGCUGAGGCAUAUUAACUCAUUAAGCAAUGUCUGUCUGUCAUGGAAAGUGUGCAUCAUUUAUUAACAAGCACAAGAAUAUUAUAAACACCACCUCAGAAUAAAAUAAGCACUGUAAAAGCUACGACAUAGCUUCCUAUGCCUUUUUAAAUAUUAUGAAAGUGCUCUCCAUGAGAAAGGAAAAAACAUCCUUCAAGCUAGCUUUAAGGCUAUAAAAUGCUGCUCCAGAAAUUGUUCAGAGUGAAACACAGGCAGAUUGAAGUUUAUGGAAGAACUGGAGUUUUUACCAUGAAUGUAGCUGAAAGAAUGGGGUGGCAUGUUUAAUGGUUGAGGUUUUAUAUUUAAGAGCAGAUACAGACUGCAGUGGUUCGUCUUGUUCGUGUUGCCUCUUGGGUUUCUGCCUCUUUGAAAGAGCCAAGUAGUUUGACAUUAGUGGAAACUGGCAUGUGUUAUAGUAUAAUACUGAGAUUCUUUAAGCCAGUAUGUUUUAGUAAUAUACGGUUUUGUUAUAGAAGUGCAGUAAUGUUUUAACAGCCUCUUUAUCAGCUCAAGUAUUUUAUAAGUGCUCUUUUAUAAUUUUAACAAAACUUUACUGAAACAUCCCUUAGAAAUGCUGUGUUGCUUUCCUUCUUGUAUUUUAACAUUUAAGAUUCAAAAUGUGUGGGUUUUUUUUUUAUUAUUAU